AUGAUGAUCAACCUUCUGAUUAUAUUUUUCUCCCUUUCUUUUGCUUAUAACUUUUUUAAGGCUGCCUUGAAUUCUGCUUCGUGUUAUACCGUUAAAUUAUACAAACAAGGCGGCUGUUUGGCUACUAUGAUGUUAACUGGGCCCGUUAACAGUAAGUGCAAGAAAUAUUACGUAGUUUUAAGUGAUGCAAUAACAGUUUUAUCACCUGAGGUGACAUUUGAAAUUAUAAAUGAUUUUAGCAUGGAAUAUGUCUGCAUGUUGGUAAUCGGUCAUAACAAUGAACUGCAAAUAAAUGAUGUUAAUGCUUUUAUAAGCAACAUGUGUUAUAAACAAAUUUAA